AUGCUUCGCAAUAAAAAGAUUAUCGACGGGGAUACACCCCCAAGGCGCGUCUGGGAUCUCCAUGCUAAUCAGGUCGUGCCAUGGUGGGUUGCCCGCAAAUUACCGUGGGCGAUAUCGCAUGCGUGGUUAGAUGAUAAGGAUCUCAAAAGAGAGAUGACACUAAUAAAUGGAUAUGAAUGGCCCGUACCGAUGCCGAAAGCCGCCAACCUCAAUUUGAUCAGGAUCGAGAUGCUAAACCUCGGCGCGGAGUAUGCCUGGUUGGACGUUCUGUGUUUGAGGCAGGAGGGUCAGGGCGAGGACCCACACGGUGACCCUAGCCAGGAGGAUUGGGAAUGGAGGGAGGAGUGGAAAGUCGACGUGCCAACGAUCGGAUGGAUAUAUCACAAGACCAAUCAGGUGGUGUGCUACUUCAGCGGGCUGGGUCUGCCACUGAGUUUCAAACCUAGCGACUUCGAGAGCGAUCGUUGUUGGUUUAAUCGAGCAUGGACACUACAGGAGAUUAGCCAUAAUCUGCUCAUUGCCGGAGAGACCUGUCACGACGGUAGCCGCAACGAUAGCAGGUUCAUGACAAAGGGCAUGCGAAAUCUAUUCAAUAAAAAACUGGCUUCUUUGCUGCAGAUGUCGAGACUUGGAUUUGACUCAAUGUUUGACGUCCUGUCGGAAAUGCAGAAAAGGAAAUCAACCAAUCCUGUGGAUAAAGUCGCGGGACUGGUAUACCUGCUAUACUCCCAGUACAUCCCAAAAUACGAUGCGGACCAAUCCGAAGAGGACGCCUGGACAGAACUCGUGAUCGCCGGGCAGGAUUGGUUUCGUGCAGAUCUAUUCUUCUUAUACCCUGGGCCUGGGAACGCGAACAAAUCCUGGCAUCCAUCAUGGACGCAAGUAAGAACGGAUAUAUUUCCCAAGCCGUCACUCAGUAAAAAUCUUUAUACUGUAAAGGUUUAUCAGACGGACAAACAUGGAGAUGGGUACUAUGGACUGCGCAUUGACUCAUGUAGAGUGCGGGGGUUGGCAGAUGCAUCAUCUCUAGAUAUUCCCCGACGCGGAAAGUUGGACGUCAAUGUUAACUUUACGAUAAAGCACAUCUUCGACAUAGUCGCCAACCAUGGAUUCCCAAUACCCGAUGACAUGUAUACACUCAUAGGCACCGCCAAGCAUAGCUCUACAAUGCAAGGGGUUAUCUGGGUCGUUGGGAAAAUGGAGGGGCCUGGGGAGAAGUUUAGGAAAGUGUCUGUUUUCAGGAUGGCGAACGGACGGGAAGCAGAGAAGCUUUGGAAUAUCGAAGCUCAUAGUAACACUGAAACAUUUCUUCUUUGA